AUGAAACCAAGUGCACCUUAUACAAUGAUUUGCGGGGCGAGUGUCAAAUCGCGCGAUCGCAAUUCAACAACGCUGGUGGUUGAUGUACGUUCCCCGACUCCGCGGAGUGCUGCGAAACGAAGUGCUAUCCCGACAUGCAGUAGCUCUUUUCCCAUGGGAAGCAAAUGGUCGCUGUCGAAAUUGGAUGGAGAGUCUUCACUAAAGGAGGAGUCAUCGGGAGCUUUGGAGUUGAGAGAACCACCAUCAAAAAUGCGGCGGAUAUAUGGCUUCAUGCGCUGUCUUGUCGGUUUUGGCCUUGGAAAUGGACAGGAUUAA